AUUAAAACAAAAAGUGACGGCACGACGCGACGCCGCGCCGGCGAUCGGCGUGCACGGUGCGACGCGAAUGCGCUGUUGCCAGACCGUGCACGAAACGCAGCUGAGGGGCGGCGGGCCGCUGCGACCCCGCUGCGUCAUUCCGCGUCGAACGUCCGUACCGGCUGCCGUGUGUUUGUUUGUCGCAGCGAAAUCGCGGCGUUUCCAAAGUGCGUUACCAUGAGUUCUUAUAGCCUCGACGUGGAAACUUUUAUAAGUGAAGUGAAGAAGUAUCCAGAAAUAUGGGACACUAACUGUGAAGACCAUCGGUUCAAAAGUAAGAAACAGAACGCGUGGGCCGAGAUAGCACGUGUAUUCAUAACAGACUUUGACGAAAUACCAAAUAAGGAAAAAAUCGAUGUUUAUCGUAAACUGCACGGAAAAUGGAGAAAUAUAAGGGACUCAUUCGUGCGUCACCGUAAAAGGAAAUACGGCAAAAGGGGAUAUGUGUACGCGAAAUAUUUAACGUUUUUGACCGACUUGUAUAAUACUAAGAACAGUCAGUCAGGGAGCGACUUGGAAUGCGACAACGACGACCAAAGCGAAGAAGAUGAGAACAAAUUGAAAAAAAUAGGUUCAAAAUGUAAAAAGUUCGAUUUGUUAAAUGAUUCUAGUCUUUGGGGUAGUGACGCGGAGGACUCACAUUCAACUAUAGACAAUUUAAAAAGAAAAAGGACUUCAAAGCAAGAUAGUAAUGACAUAGAGUACGUAGAGACCCCAUUCCCAGACCCCUCAGUUAGUUACACGACCCCGACUGAGGACGAAGACAGAUCGUUCUUCGAGUCCUUGUUACCAGCCGUUAGGGAGUUUAAUAUGGACCAAAAAUUAGAAUUUAGAAGUGAAGUGUUGUGCUUAAUUAAGGGUUUAAGGUCGUCUAACGGCAAACGGAACUUUAUUAAGUUAGACCCGGCUACAGGUGACUUCUCAUAACGCAACCAUUGUGCCAGACCAUUCCAUUUUUUGUAAUAAAUUUUUGAUACUUGAA